UAGGCCGUGUGAGAGAGGUGGUUGUGGGUCCGACAGCUCCUGAUUUGGGGAAGAGGCAGGGCUUCCCCUGCCCAGGUCUGUGCGCUGGUUGGUCAGGGGGUGGCAGAGGAGGAGCGCCGCGGUGUUUGGCAGGAAGGGGAGGCCUCUAGCCUGGCAGGCCUCUGCGCUAGGAUAAGACGGAGGAGACUGCGGCGGCAGCGGCUAGUGGAGUCCGUUGUGGCAGAGGGGCCGCUGCAGCCGACAGGGAGGUGGAGGGCUCAGAAUCCAAGUGCUGGAGACGCCGCCACUGUCCUCUUUGCCUGCCUUGCCGCCCUCCUAGACACACUCCUCGCCUACAGAUCGUCCUCUCCCAGCUCUUGCAAGCACCCGGAUGGACGCCUGCUGAUCUUCCUUCGCCACAGGGUCACUGCGGAGGCAGCGGCGAGGUGUCCGAUUUGGGCACGUGAGGCCAGCGAUCCGGGACGGCAUGAAGACCCCAUUUGAAAAGGUGGCUGAAGGGCAGCGGUCCAGAACAGGCGCAAGGCACGCCAGUGUGUCUGUUACCGUGAUGAAGAAAAAGGCUGCGCACAAGAAACAUAGAAGUAGACCCACCUCCCAGCCUCGCAGAAACAUAGUGGGCUGCAGAAUUCAGCACGGAUGGAAAGAUGGAGAUGAACCUCUUACACAGUGGAAGGGAACCGUUCUGGAUCAGGUACCUGUAAAUCCCUCUCUGUAUCUUAUCAAAUAUGAUGGAUUUGACUGUGUUUAUGGAUUAGAACUGCACAGAGAUGAAAGAGUAUCAUCACUUGAAGUACUUCCUAAUAGAGUUGCAUCAUCUAGAAUCAGUGAUACACAUUUAGCAGAAAUCAUGAUUGGCAAAGCAGUGGAACAUAUUUUUGAGACAGAGGAAGGUUCCAAAAAUGAAUGGAGGGGGAUGGUCUUAGCUCAGGCACCUGUCAUGAACACAUGGUUUUAUAUUACCUAUGAGAAAGAUCCUGUAUUAUAUAUGUACCAACUCUUAGAUGAUUAUAAAGACGGUGACCUCUGCAUCCUUCAAGAUUCUAAUGAUUCUCCUGCAACAGAGAGGGAGCCAGGAGAAGUCAUAGAUAGCCUAGUAGGCAAACAGGUGGAAUAUGCCAAAGAUGAUGGCUCCAAGAGAACUGGCAUGGUCAUUCAUCAGGUAGAAGCAAAACCAUCUGUGUACUUCAUCAAAUUUGAUGAUGAUUUCCAUAUCUAUGUCUACGAUUUGGUUAAAACAUCUUAGAAGUCAUCGUGAAAUUUGCCAAACAUAUAAGACUGUAAAAUCUGUAGAAACACAAAGUCUUGAUUGCUUUCCAGUUUGUAAGAACCAGCUUCUCCCUUUUUGCACGUUUUUGCCUGACAAAAAAAAUGGGACUUCCGCCCUCUCAGAUGUUUUUGAAAGAAACCUUCUCUCCAACCUUUUCACUGGUUCUGGUUCCUCUCCACAGGAGAAUGAUUGAAUUCACUGAUUAGUGAGAAGGGUAAAGUCUGACAUCCAUUGGCCCAUACUUUUAUCUUGGGUGGUGUUAAUAGGUUCAAUGUAGCUGAACAGCUCUCACCUCACUCUUUUUGGCACUUGGACCCAUUGAGCUGUGAAGCUUCCUGAGAUAUCCCACAUGACUGGCUGGGUAAGUGUAUUUGCAAUCUCAACCAUACCCCCCUGAUGGCUUCAAAAGUCUAACUUGGGGAGGAGGAGCAUAAAUCCCAUUUUUGUCUCCUGCUCAAGUUGCAUUCUCAAUUAUAAGUAUAACUGUACUAAAAGUAAGGCUGACAUUUUGUUCCCUUUCUGAGUCUUGCACCUAUUGCUCAACUGGUUCAGAAAUAAGAGGGUAAUUACUUUGCAUUUUAGUACAUAAGCAUAGUCUGAGAAACUGUACAAAACUGGUAAGAAGAGAAGCAUUUAGGAACAAAACUCCAAGUGGAGUGAUCAAGAUUUCUGGGGGAGCUUAAUGGAAGGUUUUGGUCAUCAAUGACAUUCGUGUCUCUCUUGUCUGCAAUAGCUAUGGCUGGUAUCUGCAGACAUGGAGUGAGUUUUAACAGACGCAGGCUGUGGUGGCAGACUUUAGCACAAGUGGGCUUUGCCAGCCAGUAGAACAUUAAGCCAGGCUCUAGUUGGAGUCCUCAGUCACAGUGCAAAAGCUAGAUUUGGCAAGAGUUUACAAAUUUGUCCAGAACCUCAAAAUGGAAGAAAAGAACUCUGGAAUCAGAAUGGGAUAUAGAUUUCUUUCCUGUACCAAGAGGGACUUUUUCAGAAGUUUUAGAUUAGGUUUUAGAUUAGAUUCUUAGAAGACCUCAAUAUUCCAGAAUAUGAGGUGGGCAAGGCACUUGGUAGAAACAGGAAAGGCUAAAAAUAGAUUUUGCUUCCUAGCAGGGACAGAUGCACUCAUCUAUUAUGGUGUCCCAGCAGGACUGUGGAACACAAUUAGUGUUAGAUAAUCUAUACUCUUUUUUUUUUUUUUUUUUU